UUUCAAUAAUAAUAAUAAGCUCAAAUAUUUGUUUUGAAAUUAAUAAAUUUAUUCUAAGAAAUUCAUGUUUCGAUAAAUUUGAAUCUUUUUCAUAGAAGAACAACAAACAAUUGUUGAUCAAACAGAAACAAAUUUAGUAACACUUCGUCGUACAAUAUAUUUAACAAUUCAAUCAAGUAUUGAUGUUGAUGAAUGUGCACAUAAAUUACUUAAAAUGAAUAUACGUCCAGGACAAGAAAUUGAAUUAUGUCAAAUGAUUCUUGAUAGUUGUGCACAACAACGAUCAUAUGAACGUUUUUUUGGUUUACUUGGUCAACGUUUUUGUUUAUUGAAAAAAGUAUAUAUUGAAUGUUUUGAAAAGAUUUUUCAAGAUCAAUAUGAAAUUGUUCAUCGUCUUGAAAAUAUUAAAUUAAGAAAUGUUGCAAAAUUUUUUGCACAUUUACUUGUUACUAAUGCAAUAUCAUGGAAUGUACUUCAUUGUAUUCGUUUAACUGAACAAGAUACAACAUCAUCAUCACGUGUUUAUAUAAAAAUUUUAUUUUUGGAAUUAGUUGAAUUUCUUGGUUUAAAUCAACUUAAUAAACGUUUAACUGAUUCAACAUUGACAGAAUAUAUUCAAGGUCUUUUUCCUCGUGAUAAAUCAGAAAAUACUCGAUUUUCCAUCAAUUUUUUUCCAUCAAUAGGUCUUGGUGGAUUAACAGAUGAAUUACGGGAAUUUUUAACAAUGAAUUCUAUACGAAUGGCACAUUAA